AUCUUCUCAAAAGAAUGCUAAUAAUGACCAGGAAGAUAUGCUUGGAGUUGGUGCGGGCACCCUAGCAACAAGGAGACAGUGGGGAUAGUUGGAAAAGGGUAGGAAAAGUUCAAACUUCAAAUCUGCCAAUUAUAAAUGAUACCAAAGAGGGUAGCUGAGGGGGAAGCGUUGAAAACUAAAGGGACUUUUGUGAGAGAGAGAGAGCCCAACUACCCUUUUAACUCCAACCAUACCGUACAGACGGGGAAGCUGAGAAAUCUAAGAGCAUCAAUACCAAUUCCAGGACAAAUUUAAAACUCAACAGCCUCUGCCUUCCCAUGAUUGCACAGGUUUUGAAUCUGGGUUUCAUUGUUGGUUGUUUGGUUGCUGUGAAAUGUAGGCAAGGAAAAGAAAUAUGAGUUCUAAAUCUUGGAUUUUUCAUUGCAUGGGAUUCAAGGGAACACAAGACCCGUCUUAGUUCAGGGAGGAUACCAUUGUCUUUGGGCGGAAAAUCAAGGAGACUGAAGUUUGUGUUUUUCUUUUUCUUUCCCCGUGGUUUCUUGGUAGCCAAGGGAGAAGGUUUUCUGCAUUUCAGGAUGAUGGCAGAGAAGAAGAAUCUUUCAAUUCCUCCUUUUUCUCCUUUCUGAUACUGGAUGAUCCAUGUUUUUUAUGGGUCCCAAGGAAAUUUGAAAAUUAUGAUCCCAACCAAGGUCUUAAUUAUUCCCUUUUGUUGAUUGAUAAUCUGGUCUUACUAGUUACAAUACUCGUGCAACAUUAUAUGUAAAGUUGGAUCAGAAAUGAUUCUUUUUCUUUACGGUAUCACUCCUUUAAUCCAACAUGAAAACAAGUAUAAAGAAAUAAAUAUGGUCUUUCCCACUUUAUCACAUUAAAGAUGGUUACAGGUUACUUUUACCCUUAUUUUGCUGUUGAGAUGACUAAGAAAGGAAGAGAAAGUAAUAUUUUCAAUGUUUUGUGCUGUUUUGGUCCUCACUUUCCACCAAAGAAAAGGAACAAUCACCCUGGUGAGUGAAUUUUCUUCCCUGGUCUAUGAUUCUUCCGAACAAUGAAAUGGUUGAAUCUCUUAAGAGUCAAUUCCUUUUUUCCUUCCCUUCAUUUUUUCAGCAGCCAAAUGGGGCAUUGAAGAAUCCGAUCUUCGCUAUGUCUGGGUUUCUUCUACUAUGAUAGCUUAUUGUUCUGUUUACCAAAUCUUGGGGUUUGAGCCACAAAUUUGAAAAUUCUCAAAUUGAUUAAAACAGCUGGCUUAAGUUUGAUUCCCAUUAAAUGGAGGUUUUCUUGCGUUUAUGUUUAUUAUUUAUGUGCAUGUGUGUGUACAAUUUAUAUUGUUUUUUUUUAUUUACUUUGAUAAUAUCUUGACCGAUGAUAUAGGUCCCUUAUAAUCUGCCUAAUUUUUUUCAAUAGUUUGAUGGAGAUCCGAUCUGCUGGUGCAGGUUCUUUUUGGUAUGGAAGGUUCAAUUAUUUAGACUAUUAUUGUUUGGUUGGAGGGUUCUGAAAUUUCCAUCACAUCUUUGUUUUCUUUCAAUUGAAUAUCGAACAAAAUUUUCGAGCUAGUGGGCGACAUGUUGGUUGGUUGGUCCCAUGAGAACAGCUGCUCUUCUUAGAGGUGGAUUGCUAAUCGUCAGCUUCUAUGGCUUACCGUCAUGCGGUUUUGUUAUUACAAGGUGUGGCUCUACAAAAGUAUCAUUGGCAUAAGCUUACUGAUUGUAAAGAAGUACUGUGAAUAAAUUACGCUGGUCUUUAUGGGCUGCUUUUGCUCUAAGAAAGCUAGACAAACACCAGGAUACGAGGAGCCUACUGUUCUUGCUGCUGAAACACCUUUUACUGUGUGCGAAGUGGAAGCCUUGUAUGAGCUAUUUAAGAAAUUAAGCAGUUCCAUCAUAGAUGACGGGCUUAUCCACAAGGAAGAAUUCCAGCUUGCACUCUUCAGGAACAGAAAUAAAAGGAAUCUCUUUGCAGAUAGGAUAUUUGACCUAUUUGAUGUCAAGCGAAAUGGGGUUAUUGAGUUUGGAGAAUUUGUUCGUUCAUUGGGUGUGUUUCACCCAAGUGCACCUGAAGCAGACAAAAUUUCUUUUGCUUUUCGACUGUAUGAUCUAAGGCACACCGGGUAUAUUGAGCGAGAGGAGUUGAAGGAGAUGGUGCUGGCGCUUCUUCAUGAAUCAGAUCUGAUACUUUCAGAUGAAUAUGUUGAACAAAUUGUGGAUAAGACUUUCAAUGAUGCAGAUUCAAAUGGUGAUGGAAGGAUUGACCCAGAAGAGUGGAAGGAAUUUGUAUCAAAGAAUCCAUCCCUGAUAAAGAACAUGACUCUUCCAUACCUAAAGGACAUAACAUUGGCAUUUCCCAGCUUUGUGAUAAGCUCUGAAGUUGAAGACUCAGAAAUAUAGGCUUAAGUUACACAAUAAGGUAUUAACAAACUCAAGGCAUAAGGUGGAUCGAACAUUUUGAGUUGCUUCCUCCAUUGAGCAACCCAGACUUUCUCUUUAAGUGACAGCAGCAAGGACUAGAAGAACUAUGGCUUAUAACGACACUCUCAAUUGCAGUCAACAAGCAAGAUUGCAUGCACAAAACCAUACUUCUCCAACUACUUGACACCAGUCCUAGUUAAUAUGUGUAUGUUUGUAGUUUUGCAGCAUCUGGGAUUGGUUGGUUGCACUGGCAACCCUGAAGAGGUACAUUACUUGCAACCUGGGUCCUUUGGUGUUCAAAAUCAUAGAAUAAUGCCUCAUGGCUUAUGGCUCAUGCCGGUUCUUGCCUGAAAGUUAGUACUUUGAGACAUCGUUUUGUUCUGGCUUUGAUAUAAACUUAGGAAACAAGUUGCAGACUGAUGAAUUUGGAUGAAGCUUGUUAUCAAUUUAAAGAUGAUAAAGAUAAUUUCUUUGAGUUGUGGUUGAUGUGGACAAAAGAAUGGUUUCUCUGGA